GUUUUGAACUUGAGUGACGGCGGGUAGCAGCCAGCUCUGUACUGUUUACAAUUUAGCCAUCUCGAAGUGUAGUUAGCUAGCUUGCAGUUGCACUUAAGACGGUGGUAGGUAGUGAUCGUACCAACUAGUCGGUGUUUCAUUGCCUUGUUUAAUCUCACCAUUUGAGCAGAAGUAUUGCUGCCUGCAAAACUCCGCUUCAAGUUCACUGUUACGUCUGUAGGCAAAUGAUGGACCUUCACAAAAUCAUCCAAGAUGCCCUUUAUGAGUUCCUCCAGUCGUACAUACCUAAUGCAGACAUAAGCACACUAGAUGAAGUACUUUUGUCCUAUAUAACUGGUGUUCUGGAAGACUUGGGAUCGCAGGGAAGCGUUGAAGAGAAUUUUGAUGUGGAAGAUUUUGUUGAAAUGCUGGAAGCUUACAUUCCUGGUUUCGGCGAAAUCGAUAAUGUCAAAGUUUGUGAAAUGAUGUUCAGCCUGGCUGCAAAACUAGCUUCAGCUCGGGUCACAGAAACGACCGUACCAAAACGUGUGGAGAGCAACUGGAGUCUGACGCACAGUUCUUCUAACUGUGAGACGUUAGUGAGAGAGGUGCACUUUCUCUCACCAGAUGGAGCCACAGCCCAGAUUGAACAGGACAACCUUUCUGAGCUGGACAGCCAGGAACAGCUGCUACUUGAGAUGUUCCCCAAGUGUAGUAUGACGGAAGCCAGAAGUGCCCUGUCCAUCGCUAAAGGGGACAUUGAGGAGGCUGUGAGACUCAUCAUUGAAGGAGAUGUGCAGCUCUGUCCUACACCUCCUGUUAACGCUAACCAGGGGAAGACCCCAUCAGUUAAAGCAGCUCGGAAGAUGAAAGAAAGCAUUUUAGAGAAAUACAUGAUGGUGGAUAGUGAAGAAGAUAAGAAAACUCACAGGCCUGUCACCCCAAAAGAUGCUCCAAAGAAACUGGUCCGUUACCACGACAAUCAAGUUGUGACAACAAAAGGAGAACGAUACCACCAGGUCAAGAAAGAGGAGACGGAAGACAUGAAGAAAACCUAUGUGAGUCUGAAACCAUCACGGAAGUACAGAUUCCAUUAAAGAACACUGUGGAUGAAGACCAGUUCUAUUUGUGGGCUUGAUUUGUGCAUUUCAAUAUGUAAACAUUAUUAAGAACAUCUCAAGCGGUGUCUUUCUUUUUUAAGCCUCAGCCAUUAAAGUCUUAUUUAUUCAAGUAUUACACUACUUUUUUUAAGCAUCUAGUUAAUAGAAUGAUGUUGUCAUGUCUUUUUUUUAUCAUUUUUGUUCUAAUAAUGUACUGUAUCCAUGCAGAAAAGCAAGCAUCUGAAAGCAGUGUGUAAUGGUGGUCAGGGCUGCAUUCUCUUGUUUUCAAAACAGGAUGAGUGGACUAUCAAGUCAGAUUUGUCUGUUCUAUUUGCAAAGUGUUAAAAGCUGAUUAAACCUAGACCACCUAUUCAUGAAUAAGGCUGUCUACCGUAGCUGCUUAACAAAACUUGAACUGAUGUUUGCAUACUCUGGUUUUCCUUUUCAGCAGGUCUGAUGUGAUAUUGUGUUCUUUGUAUAUAUUUCUUUUUGAAUUGUGGUUCCAUUACAUUUUUAGAAAUCUUAGCAAAAGUAGAGAUUGACUUGAUGCUUGUUUUGCAUGCAUAGUCUGGUUCUCCAUUAAUUGGAUUAACUACUGAAUGAAGUGUCAUCUUGUGUCAUUAUUAGGACAUGUUGCUGAACGGCAAAAUGAUCAGUUGUUUUAACGUUUCAGCGUUUUGAUAGCAGAUCAUCUUCAGCUCAGAUUUUCAAAUGGUUCACUCUUUAUUUUUAUAUACAGAAAUAUAGAUUUGAAAAGUUUGCAAUGAACUACUCUCAAGGAUACUGUUUAAAAGUGUCCAUCUAUUGCACAAGGGCCUAGGGUAGAACUGUUGGAAAAAUAUGUAUUUUAAACAGCUGGCAACGCUUUUUUUCAAGGUUCAUCAUGCAUGGUGUUACAUAUUGUCUCAAUUCACAAUACUGUGUUUUUCUUUUUCAGUUUGACUAAAUUCUGUGUGUGUGGGACAUAGUCAUGGUAGACCUGAUUUUUAAAGCUAUUUUGUUUUUUUAAAUACUGGAAGAUUUACCGAUGGACUUAAGGUGGUGUUUGGAAAUGGAUUAUUGAUUUGUGGGUGAACAGUUUGUUGCCUUUUAAUAGGGGGUAUGAUACACAUGCACAAGUGAAGCUGGCUCUUGCCUCUAACAUAAGACUGAUCUAAAGUGGUAUGUAGUGCAUACUUAACAUGUUGUUGAAUAAAUGCAAAGCUGUUAAACUUAAA